AUGAAGGAGAAUGAAAUAGCCUUAGAACUCAUCGGUCGCAUAGGAAUAAACAACUUUAAGGACAAGGAUUUUGUGGAAUCCAUUAAAAAAUGUGUUUUACAUUCAGAAAUUGGUUCUUCAAACACAAUAAAUGUGUCGAAUGACUCAAAUUCUGACCGAGAAUUAGAUGACCAUGAUAAUUCGGAGAAGAAAUCAUCACUAAAAAAGGAAUCAUUGAGAAAUAAAACAUAUAAUUUGAAGGAAGAGGUACCAAUACAAGUUCAACUCUUGGAGCAUUUGGUAUACCUAAGAAAUGAGUCCGGUUUUAGUAAACAUGAUUUCCUGAUAAAGGAGGAUUUAAAGUGUCGAUCACUGCUGAUAUUUGCCAAAAACUUGUUGGUUGAGCUGAAGAGGAACAGUAGUUGGCAGUCAGUACUGGACGAUAAGUCGGAAAAUGUCCUAGAGUACCCAUUCGAAGGCAUGGAAAAGCUGUUCGCACUAAUAUUGAUGAUGACUAGGCUGGAAAAGUAUUUGAGGAGUGAAUCGACGGCAGCGCCAAUACUGGCGAACAACGUUCUACUCAGUUUUAGAUACAUUUUUCAGUCGGAGAGCAGUAACCUGGCGGUGAUACAGCACCCAGAAUGGGCAAUAGAGUACCUGAGGGAGUGUGUAAAAAAGUACAUGGCCGUAUUUAAGAAGGCGAAGAGCGACAUGAAACUGGACUGCACGAAUUACUUCAAAGCGUUAAUGCCAGAGCCGUACUGCGACGAUUACGGGCUGUUGGAGGAGUUUGUCUUGAUAGGCGCAGAGUGCAGCGUGGACGACGUUGCGUCUAGCUGGUGCCUGCUGAUAGCGAAGGAAGCAAGGCUGUUCGUAUACAGUAGGCUGCCCUUUUUGGUGUACGACUACUUCAUGGAAAACGAAGACGACAGGGUAGGACUGAGGGAGUUGACGAGGAUGAUUGCAAGUCCAAAGAAGUCCACAGUGCUGGAAGUAAGCAGGUCAAGUUUCAGCGACGACAAGGUGACCAGCGUAAUAUACUCGCUGGUGGGAUCGAUGGUUGAGUUUGCAUCGUACCUGAGAGGAUUUGACCCUGCUUCAAGCUACGAGUUGUUUUCGGACUUCGACAACAACACGAUUGUGCCCUUCAUAAUGAUACAAUUUUACCGCUACUCCAACGCGGGUGGCUCCGAAGGUUACACGGACGGCGGUGCCAGCAACUCUACCCCUAACACCGCUAUCAACACUGAUAUCAAUAACGCUAACAACUCUGCUAUCAACACCGGUAACAACUCUGAUAUCAAUAACGCUAACAACUCUACUGACAGCCACAGUAACAAUGACAUUGUUAAAAACUAUGGCAACAACAAUUUAAGCGGUGGAAACGCAGCUCGAUACGCUGAUGGUGAUUACGGUGCAGACUAUGAAGCCAGUGAUUCGAACACUGGGAAUGAGGGUUCAGAUAACAUGCCGAGUAGAGACGGCGACGAAGCCACCUUGGAAAGUAAGAUACUCCUGUGUUUUGAGUCAAACGUGCUGUAUGGCUGUCUGGACGCACUGUUGGAAAUGGAGAACAAGCACUGCAUGAGCAUAUCGAAAAAACUACUGACGCUGGAGUCGUUCAGCGACUCAAUAGGAGUGAGGACGGGACUGAACACGACGCUGUACCUGCAGGACGACCAGUUCCUUUCGCAAGUGUCAAACGUGCUGAUAGCAGUGCUGAAUCUGGUGGACAGGCGCUGCCAGUGCUUAAAGUUCGUCGAGUCGAAGAAGCAGUACGCGGCGAAGGUGGUGGUGCCGCUGAUCGAAUACUUCAUAGAUAGCGUUAAGCACAUAUGGAACUCACUGGAAAACGUGCUCGAAUCGUGCACGAUCUCGUGUAUGUUGUUGGAGUCGGCUACGGUGCUCCACGAGUUCCUCCUCAAGUUUACGCUGUCGGAGUUCAUGCCGGACACUCUGGCGUCGCUGGAAAGCAUCACGCAGAAGAUGGUCGGGAUCAUAAACCAGUACUUCGUGGAGCUCUACUACGAGCCGUUCAAGAACGUGCACAGGCAGCCGCUGGAGGUGAUGGCCCACAUCACGCACAAGCUCCUCCAAAUGUGUGCACUGAGCAGCUGCAAAAACUACAACAAGAUACUGAGGACCACGCUGUCGGACAUGGAAAAGGUGCUGAUAUCAACGCUGAUACCUAGCAAGUCAUUGGACUUUAUACUGAUGGACGAAGAGGACGUUGAGACGUCACUCAACAACUGCGAGUACAUACUGGAGUCAGUGAAGAAGCUGGUGGAGCCAAGAGAAUGCGAAGAAACGAUGCAGCAGGUACAAGACGUUAAAGUGAUACUGAGCAUGGAAACAGUGGAGCUUAAAACAUCAGCAGAGUACCUGAACCUGCUGGGAACAGGUAAAAUAUCGAGUAAAAACAACAUGGAAGAAAACAACCAGGAAUCCCAGGGAAACACAACGAAUCAAAUAAACAAGGGCGAUUCCUUUGUGUCAAGCAUCAUUUUUGACGAUUUCGAGGGAGAUUGCACCGACGACAUACACGACAGCCUAAUAGUCUCGAAAAUAAAGCAGAAACUCAAGGUAAGGGGUGAAAUAAGUAAAAAAUCUUCAGAUUAA